GGAUGCAAGAAAGAAAAAGUUAAAAAUCCACUUGUUGUUGUCAUUAUUGCUCCUUUCCCCACCUAUGAGUGAGUGUUAUGAGAUAUUAUUACCAAACCCAUCAAAAUUCCUUUAUAAAUAACACUUAUCCAUAGCCCAACACUUUCCAUGUUCUUGUGUUCAUCUUCAAAAUCCCCACAAAAAUGGAGCUCCAAAGACCCGAUCCAUUUGGCGACCCAAAUUUGGUGCACAACAAAACCCCACUAACCUACGCCGAUCUCUUCUCUUCCUUAACCGAUCAAUGGGGCGAUUUGCCCCUCAAACUCGACGAUUCUCACGACAUGGUCAUCUUCAAUUCCCUUCACGACGCCGUCGUUUUCGUCCUUUCUCCUCUCCAUUCCAUCCAUCCGCCGGACGCCUCUUCCGCCUCUUCCGCCCUCCACCUCGACCCCUUUCCGACCACCACUGCGCCCGCCGCCCAGAUGGGUGACAAGAGUAAGCGUUACCGUGGAGUACGGCGGCGGCCCUGGGGGAAGUACGCUUCCGAGAUUCGGGAUCCGGCUAAGAGCGGUGCACGUGUGUGGCUUGGCACGUACGAGACGGCUGAGGAUGCUGCUUUAGCGUAUGAUCGAGCCGCCUUCAGAAUGCGCGGCUCCAAGGCUCUUCUUAACUUCCCUAAUCGCAUUGGCUCUGACGACCCGCCACCGCUCCGAGUCUCGGCUCGACGUCGGGAGCAUGAUAUCCUUGUGCCUUUGGCUGAUGAGUCGGCUAAGAGAAGAAAAGGCGCAGCUAAUAAAAAAGCCGAACCGGAGUCGAGUAAGUUCCAGGUGGGGCCCUCCCAGAUAGCAGCAUUGCCAGUUGGCGAGCAGUUAUUGGUUAGCUAGUUCCGUACAAUACGAGUGGUGGAAAUUAGAGAAUUUCAGCAUGAGUAAAUAUAAUCGAAAUAAUAAUAAAGUGUAUUUCAAUUU